AUGAAAAAAAGUAAAAGUGUAAAAUUAGUAUUUCGAGAUUAUAAUCAAUAUGAUGUUAGUUUUUUAGUGUGUAUUUUUGGUGUCGUGGUUGUUUUUGGGUUUAAAUUCUUAGAUUUAGAUUUGAUUUUUUAUUGCGGUACCGCUAAUGUGAUGUUGACAGGCAGCCGACUUGUGUUCGAUAAUUAUAGACUUUAUUAA